AUGGCAGCAACCAAAUCCAAAAUCCUCUUCAUCGGAGGCACUGGCUACAUCGGAAAGUUCAUAGUCGAAGCCAGCGCCAAGGCAGGCCACCCAACCUACGCUCUGGUGCGAGAGCCCACUCUCUCUAACCCAGCCAAGGCCAAAGUCAUCGAGAACUUCAAAUCUUUGGGUGUUAAUUUCGUCUUGGGUGAUCUCUACGACCAUGGGAGCCUCGUGAAGGCGAUAAAGCAAGUCGAUGUGGUGAUUUCAACAGUGGGUCACGGUCAGUUGGCUGAUCAAGGUAAGAUCAUCGCUGCUAUCAAGGAAGCUGGCAAUGUUAAGAGGUUUUUCCCAUCUGAGUUUGGAAACGACGUGGAUCGAGUUCAUGCUGUUGAGCCAGCAAAAACUGCAUUUGCAACCAAGGCCAAGAUUCGCAGAGCUAUUGAGGCUGAGGGGAUCCCUCACACCUAUGUGGCCUCCAACUUCUUUGCUGGCUACUUCUUGCCCACUCUGAAUCAGCCCGGAGCCACUGCCCCUCCCAGGGAGAAAGUUGUCAUUUUGGGUGAUGGAAACCCCAAAGCAAUUUUCAACAAGGAAGAGGACAUUGGGGCCUACACCAUUAAGGCCGUGGAUGACCCAAGAACCUUGAACAAGAUCCUCUACAUCAGGCCCCCAGCCAACACCAUCUCAUUCAAUGAUCUUGUGUCUCUUUGGGAGAAGAAGAUUGGCAAAACCCUUGAGAGGAUCUAUGUUCCAGAGGAGCAACUGCUCAAGAACAUUGAAGAGGCUGCUGUGCCAAUCAAUGUGAUUCUAUCGAUUGGUCACUCAGUUUUUGUGAAGGGAGACCAUACUAACUUUGAGGUUGAGCCCUCAUUUGGAGUUGAAGCUUCGGCCCUUUACCCUGAUGUCAAAUACACUACCGUGGACGAGUACCUUAACCAGUUUGUUUGA